UGAUUUCUAAUACUUGACUGUCAAAAUUGUUUAAUAUUACAAGACUAGCGCUUAAAAUAUUUGUAAUUUCUACAAGUGAAUUAUUUAAAAAACAUAUUAAGAGAAAAUAGUAAAACUACCCAAUAUUAUGGAUGCUGAUAGCGAACUAACCGAAGGUGUCGGCGCACUGCGUAUGUCGUUGCGUGAACGACCACGCAAACAACAGUCAGACCGUCGUCUGCGCGAGCGUUCGGAAGAUCUCAAGUUCCUAGAAGAUUUUGAUCCGGAAAAAUCAAAUCGUGAGAAGCGCAAGUUGAAACGAAAGCUAACCAACCCACGUUCCUCUGUUUACGAUGAGUACGGUCAUAUGCGCCAUAAUGGCAUGGAUAUAUGCGACUGCCUGGACGAAAGGUGUCCUGGUUGUUGGUUUGAAUGCAAAAACUGUGGCUCCACACGCUGUGGCGUACAGUGUCGUGUGAAUAGAAAACAGUUUGUGGAUGAGAUUACAUUUGAUGGUAAAGAUGUGGUGAUAAAAAAUAAAUUUACACUUUAGCUUAUAAAAUUAAGGUUUUAAAAGAGAAUAGCAUGAUUUUCAUACGGAUUUCAUGUUACACAGUUUGUACAAGACUGUUUUUUUAAUUUUUUAUAUUGCGUUAAGUAUUUAAUUAAUUAUUCUGCGCACUAAUUUUAUUAAUAAUUGUAUUAUAUGAAUAUGUGUAUUUAUUUAUAGUGAAAGAUUUUAAAAUAAACUCAUACAU